AUGAUGAUGCUAUACAAGCUUGUUUGUCCGGUCCUCCUUUUGUGGGCUGUCGUUCCUUCUUGUUGGGUGGAAGCAUUUCACAGUCAAUCUGUUACAAGAAAGACAGCACUAGAUGUCGUUCUUUCCUAUCAACGAGGACUUGCCACCGAGAAUAUUACGGCCGAAGCUGCACCCCAAGGACUCUUGCCACGUACUUCCGAAAGAAGUUCCACUACUAGUACCACUUCUAGUAGUGUCUUUCGACCUUGGCCCUUUGGUAAAAAGGCGACAGCCAAUGGAGAUUACGCCCAAGAUUUGUACCUGGAACAACACAUUGGUGGGACACUCUACAGUCGACAAACAGAGCUACCCAAUCUACCCAUUCCAUCACUCCAAGACACCCUCCAGCGUUUGAUACCCACCGUGUUGCCACUCGCUCAAGACGAAACCGAAACACAAGAGUUUCUGCAAGCGUGCCAGGACUUUACUCAUCAAGCCGCACACUUGCAACAACGAUUGCAGGAUCACAACGCUGCCGCCAACACUCGUGCCACUAAUUGGGUGCAAGGCUGGUGGCAGAAACAAGCCUAUCUACAGUACCGAAAUCCAUUGCCACACUAUGUUUCCUACUAUCUCAUGAUUCCAGAUGACAAUAGUCUAAUACCCAAAGGAGAAGAUGCAGCUCUGUUCAGAGGAGCCGCCAUUCUCCAUGCCGCGGCGGAAAGUCGAAAACUGAUUUGCAGUGGAACCAUGCCACCCGACACCACGGCAGGCAAUGCCCCACUUUGCAGCGUGGGAUUCAAGUAUAUGUUUCACGCCUCUCGGAUCCCCAAGGAGAAACAAGACAUUUAUCACUUGUACGAUCCUGCUCGCUACCGGCAUGCCAUUGUGGCCAUUCGGGGACAAUUCUAUGCCAUCGACAUUGUGGACAAUGACAAUACUCAAGAUCCAUUGCCGCUGCCAGUGCUCCUGGCACGACUACGGCGCUGUCGAGACAUGGCGGCGGAUGAUGAUCAUCAUACGUUGCCGCAGUUAGGGUGGUGUACCAGCCUCCAUCGGGAUGAAUGGACCCAAUGUCGCAACCAACUCCUCCAACAGUCGCCCCUCAUGGCGCAGGCGCUAGAAUCCAUUGAAAGUGCCGCCUUUGUCUUGAAUCUAGAUGAUGAGGAACCCGAGACGUUUUCCCAAAGAGCUCUGCAGUUUUGGCAGGGUGGAUCUCAAGCAGGCAAUCGGUGGUUUGACAAACCCAUGCAGAUUCUGGUCACUCCAGAUGGUCACGCGGCCUAUCAAGGGGAACACUCCAUGGUCGAUGCGGCUCCUGUCAUUUCGGUGAUUCAGCGAAUCCUCAAGAAAACAUACUCGCGUUUGGCAAAACGAACGGAAGAUAGUACUAUUCGGAAGGAAGAAGAGUGCGAGGGCGGCGUCUCCAACGUCUUUGAACGGUGCUGGAAAGAUCCCAUUCUCCUCGAGAAAGCCACGGCAAUAGCCAAGCGGGCGCGGGAGCACCAUCGGGAGCUCUCCGCCGAGUUUGAGCUCGAUACAGCCUACUUUGACGGGUUUGGCAAGAAAAAGGCCAAGCAAUGGGGCUACGACGGUCCCUUGGUAGCCCAAUUGGCGAUUCAAUUGGCUGGCUAUCGUCUUUUCGGCAAACUGGUGGCAACCUACGAAGCCGCGUCGACGCGUUGCUUUCGUCAUGGGAGAACGGAAGCCACGAGGCCCGUUCAGCCAGAGACGAAAGCAUUCGUAAAGACCAUGGCCAACGAGGAGGCAUCGCGCGACGAGAAACUCUCUGCUCUCCAAGCCGCCGCUUCUGCGAUUGCAAUUUACCAACAAGCAGCCUCGAAUGGACAAGGCGUUGACCGGCACCUCUUUGGUCUCUGUAGCGUCGUGAAAGAGGGAGAAGCGGCACCUAAACUAUUUUCGAACCCACUCUUUCAGAAGUCCAAAGCGUUUCGUCUUUCCACAAGCUCAGUAGUAUUCCUUCCUGGAUUUGGACCUGUCGAGGACGACGGGCUUGGCGUUGCCUUCAACGCCGAAAAGGACUGCUUCCUAUACACAGUUACAUCGCGCAAAGAAAACAAAUACACCCGUCCAUUCUGCAGGUUGUUGGAAGAAGCCUUGCACGAGAUUGGUGACCUCCUGGAUGAAACCACGCAUACCGGUAGCUAG